CCUGCGCGGUUUAGUCUGUUUCACAUAGUAAUGAAUGACGUUUUUACACAAAUAAGGUCUGCAGAUAUACUUUUUGGCACCGCGAAUAACAGAGUGACUGCGACGUUAGUGUGUGCUCAAUAUAAUACCAUAUAACGUAACAAUUAUAAUCUACUUUGAGCCGAGGGAAAGAUGGCUGGAAUUCUAUUUGAGGAUAUCUUCGAUGUAAAAGACAUCGAUCCAGAUGGCAUGAAGUUUGACAGAGUGUCUCGUCUACAUUGUGAAAGUGAAUCUUUCAAGAUGGACCUCAUCUUGGAUGUCAACAUUCAGAUCUAUCCUGUGGAUCUUGGCGACAAGUUCAGACUGGUCAUUGCCAGCACACUAUAUGAAGAUGGAACACCAGAUGACGGGGAGUACAAUCCUCAGGAUGACAGGCCGUCCAGGGCGGACCAGUUUGACUAUGUGAUGUAUGGGAAGGUUUACAAGAUUGAGGGUGAUGAGACUUCAACAGAAGCAGCCACACGCCUCUCUGCCUAUGUCUCUUAUGGUGGUCUCCUCAUGAGGCUGCAAGGAGAUGCCAACAACCUCCACGGCUUUGAGGUGGACUCCAGGGUUUACCUCCUCAUGAAGAAACUGGCCUUCUAAAACCCAACUCUGCUCGCCCACUGCCACAGUCAACCUUACAGUAAUACUGAACUGCAUACUGAAAUAUUCAAGUCUGGAGCACACAACCUUUUCCAAGAGCUGUUCACAGAUAGAACAUAUGGAGGUUGUAAAAAACACAUUUUGAUUUUUAUUCCCAUAACACAAAAUGUUUCCUCCAAGGAGAUGGACGAAGGACUAAAGACUGUGGCACUUCAGAACCGUUGCAACCUCCAUCUACUGGCAAAAUGUAAAUAAAGACAUUUUUUUAUACAAAAGGACUCUUGGAUUUUCAGUUAUAAUGGGUCAUCCUUUUUUCUGUCUUGGAGUGUUUUUUCUUUUAGGCUUUCUUCCAACCAUGCACCUCAGCUGUUUAGCUGCUUUUUCAAGCAUGUUGAAUUAGGUUUUAUUUGUUCUGUAAUCAGCACUUUCAGUCUAUUUGUAACACUGUUAUAAGGACAAAAGACAAGCUCACUGUCCAGGUGUCUAAAACAUUACAUGCUCUUUGGAAAAGCUAUAUAUAUUUACCUG